GCACUUUUUUUAUUGAUUCCAUGUUUCUACCACAUUGUCUUACAACCUUUAGCCAUGUGGCAUUGUCAUUUUCAGUCAGAUCAAAUAUAUUGGCCAAGAGAAGAUCAACAUUUAAUCAAUAUUUGCCAGGGGUGUGAAUCAUUUUGUUUUUAACUGUAUGUGUAGUGUCAGAGAUGAAGUACAGUAGGAGCGUGUGGUGAAUGUAGCCUUUACUAUCAUCAACUGAUGAAAGAUCACAAUUCCUUCUGAACACCAUGACCUGACCUACAGUAGCCUGGUGCUGCCAUACUCUCGUCUCGUACAUUCACAAUGUACAGAGAGUCUGGCCACUUUCCAUUGCCAAGCGUGAACUUCCUUGAAUGCGGAUACUCUGUUGAAAACUAUUGGAUCUGCCCAGAGCCACUCAGAUCUGCCAUAACCAACCGCUAACGUUUGGUCGUGACGUGACAUGCUCAAACUAGCGCAUAACCUCAACGUCAUUGUUCUAAGCUCUGUUCACUGAUUGGACCUGCACAUUUUUGUCCUGUGAAAACCUGCGAAUAUACCACAGACCCAGACUCUGUACAUUAUGAAUGUACGAGAGUGUGUUAGGACCAGGCUAGACCUGACCACAGUUUUGAGGGAAACAUGUGUCAAUGUGCUGCUUUUCCUGUGUUCAAACUUUGUGUGUGUGUGUGUGUGUGUGUGUGUGUGUGUGUGUGUGUGUUUGUGUGUUGAAGGGAGGAUCACCACAAUGAUGCCCCACAGAGGAGCUGUGAAUCCUGUGCUGAAGUUCCAGACUCCAGCCACUGGGACCUGGUGAAGCCUGAAGUCUCCACAGAGGAGAGCGUCUCCACCUACAGCCUGAGAGUGUCUCCACUUACAGCAAGAAGCUAUGAGUGCGCAGAGUCUGGUCUGCGCUGGACGUGUGCUGGUCCAGUCACCCUGCAGUACCGCUUCACUGAUUGGCAUGUCUUUGCUGAAGAGCUGGCCCAUAUGCAGCUCGGACCUGCUGGUCCUCUGAUGGACAUCAGGCUCAUGUCAGGAGAGCUGGAGGAGAUCCACCUGCCACAUUUCCUCUGUUUGGGGGGUUCAGAGGCGUCCGUGUGUGAUGCUGUGAGGGUCCUGCAUGGACGGGAGAGUGGAGUGUGUGUUGAGGUGUGUGAGCUGACCAGACACCAUGCCAGGCUUGUCCAUCCCUCCUUCUCUCUGUUUGGGGUGGUGUAUUACCUGAGGGAUCUGAUUUCUCCAAAAGUCCACUGUGAGCUGCUGCUCUUCUGCACCUGCAACAUUCCCCUGGUCCUCCACACCUACCUGGUGCCAAACGACCCGGCUCACAUCCAGGCCAUCCACCAGAAGGAGGUGAAGAAGGAAAGAAAGGGGGUGUGGAUAGAUAAACCCGGCGCCUUGGGCCCACUCCGGCUGAGCGACAGAGUGUGUGUGAGGACAUCGUGUCUGUCUGAGAUCCUCCCUGAGAAGAUGAACCUGUGGCCGCUCUCCACUGGUAACUUCUGUGAGGUGUACAUGAAGGAGCCAGAGGAGGAGUUUGAUAUGGAGGUCAUCAGCUCUCAGCACACAGAGCCCAUCUGGAGAUCCAAGAUCCGCAGAGACGACUACUGCCAGCCCAGCAGGAGCCCAGGACAGGGCAGCAGCCAGGGGGCAAACACAGUAUCCACUACCAGCACAGAGGAGAUGCCCUCUGGCUCCUCUAGCCCAGUCCAGCCAGCCUCAGGCUCGUCCUCCAUUACGGCUCACACUGGUGGAGUUGCUGUGGCCCCUAGUCUCUCUGGCUCCUCUAGCCCAGUCCAGCCAGCCUCAGGCUCGUCCUCCAUUACGGCUCACACAGGUGGAGUUGCUGUGGCCCCUCGUCUCUAUGGCAACACCUUCUAUGGACCAGUGUACAUGCCAGUCAAAUUAGAUCAAACUCCACCAAAGUGAACUUCUGAAUGUUGCUGUAAACUAAAACUACCCUUCAUCAUGUUGCUGUAAAUGCCAAUCAAAUAAUUAUCCAGUCUAGUUUUUUUGAAGACCUGCAUUACAGUAAAUUGGAUGUAAUGUUGCUCAAGGCUUAAAGUGGUCAGGCACAGUGUGGGAAUCCAGGAGUGGACAGGGCUGUUAAGGAUUUAAACAUGAUAAUUAUACAACAGCUUUGAAAAGGUCUUAUUUGCUUCAACCACAGCAGUUUUCUUUGUUGUCACAAGUUUUAUAGUAUUUCCCAUUUUUAAAGACAAUGAAAUGAACUGCAAUUUAAAGUUCAUACUCAAGGCUUAGCAGAGCUGUUUAAGAUUUGAAAUUUUGAAAUUUAAAAUAAUGUAAAACAUAUUGUAAUAAAUGUAUAAUGUUUUGAUUUUCUUCAGGCACAGCUUUUUAUUUGCUUUAGCAGCCUCAUUGUAGGCUACUGUUUGAAAUAUAGCACGAGUUCUUGGGCUUAUUAACAAUGUGUUGUUUUGUUCUGAAACUUCAAAUGAGAAUGAUGCAUUUGUGUACCUAAUUACUGUAUUUUAUCAUAUGAUGUAUCUUUGCUGUGAAGGAUGUAUUUACCAGUACUUAUUUUCUCUUUGAAAAAAUCAACAAAUUUCAGAUUUUGCUCUCGGGUGCCCAAACAUUUGUUCAGCAGGCAUUUUAAACUGUAAAGAGCUUUUUUUUAAUCAGUGGCCUUUUUAGCAAUGAGAUCCAUAACCAUCAGAUACAGUCCCCUCUAAAAGUAUUGGAACACAUGCUAAAGUUGACAAUAUAAAAUCAUCUUUUGGAAAUUGAUCUUAAUGCCUUAAAUAAAGAAAAUAAAAGGAAAUAGUCAACC